UUAUUACAUGUUCACAGGGCUCACAGUGUUUUCCCUCUAAUUGUACAUCUCAUAUGCCCCUUCAUUCAAGUUAUUCUACGAUUGUUGGUUUUAGGUUUCCCACUCAAAAUGCAAAAGGCCCAGAUAUUUGAUGGUUGAAGUGAAUUUACUGGGUUUAUGAUGCUUGUUUGCAUAUGGGCAUUAUAGUUUCUGGUACUGGAAGCCAAGGUUUCUCGGGAUUUAAGUUUGUGCGUUAAGUGAUAAAUGCCAAACCCCCUUAUCACAUGAUGCCUACCUCACCAGUUGUCGAAUCUGCCUUGACCCAGAAUGGUUCUCUCUCUACACCAUCGGGUUCUACUGAGAGUUGUUGUGAUGCAGAAAUACAUCUCGCUAAUGUGGAAGAAAUUCGGAGUGAUAACUUGUCCUUAGAGGAGAGCAAUCUUGCAGAUGAGGAUGGAAGUCUUGGAUCAUGCACUAAAAGCAAUAAUGAUUAUCCUUCAAGGUUUCAGCUUGAACAAGACGUACAAAGAUUACAGCAGCAGUUACAAGAAGAGAUGGAACUACAUGCUAUCCUGGAAAAAUCUAUUGAGAAGAAUGCUUUGAAAUUCUCAAGUUUGUUGUGUCUCCCUCAUCAGGCUCAGGAGCUCCUAUCCAAUAUUGCAUUAUUGGAGGUCAACGUUUCAAAACUUGAACAAGAGAUGGUCUCUUUGCAUUUUCAACUUAGCCAAGAGAGAAAUGAACGGAGGCUUGCAGAAUAUCGUUUGAGGCAUUGGACAUCUCAGUCAACAUCUCUUUGCUCAUCUGGCAUUAUGGAUACUUUGAGUUCACCUUUGAAGUGUUCAGAAGCUUCUGUUUCUGAAGUCAGUGAUUCCUCUGAAUAUAGCACCUGCCAGGAGCUGAGAGAUCAACCAUUAGAAUCUACUAACAAAUGUACAGAGUCGUUAAUAGAGAAUGUAGUGGACUCAAGUGCACUUUGCCUUGACAAGAAAAUGUCUACGAAAAUGGAUUUCAAAUCCUGUCGACCUGUAGACCUCAUGAAGCUUCCUAAAGGGAUGCCACCGGAUGGUCUUUGGGAUCACCCUAAUCAAUUAUCUGAAGAGAUGGUGAGAUGUAUGAAAAGUAUAUUCAUGUCCCUGGCAGAUUCUGUAAUACCAUCCAAAUCAUCUGCAUCAGAGAUCCACUGCUCACCUCUGUCACCACGUGGAACAUCGCCACGCGGUCAUCUUUCUGGUUCAUCUUGGUGGUCCUCAUCAGAAAGGUCAAUCAUUUCAUCAUGGGUGCAGAGCCCACAAAUUGAUAUACAGAAUAACUCCGAGGUGUUGGCUUCAGAGAAUGCCUGUGAUCCCUAUUGGGUGCGGGGGAAACUAAGUUGGGCUGACAUUGGAAUCUAUGGACUAGCAACUGAAGUUUCUUGGAUGUCAGUUGGGAAGAAGCAAUUAGAAUAUGCUGCAGGGGCACUGAGAAGGUUCAGGGCACUUGUUGAGCAUCUGGCAAAAGUGAAUCCUAUCCAUUUGAGCUGCAACGAGAAGCUUGCUUUCUGGAUCAAUCUAUAUAAUGCUCUGAUCAUGCAUGCAUACUUGGCAUAUGGAGUCCCAAGAAGUGACUUGAAGCUAUUCUCUUUGAUGCAAAAGGUAGCAUACACUGGGGGACAUUCUUUCAGUGCAGCUGCUAUUGAGUAUGUGAUUCUAAAAAUGAAACCACCACACCAUCGGCCGCAAAUUGCUUUGCUUCUUGCCCUUCACAAGCUGAAGUUAUCGGAGGAGCAAGGGAAGUCUGCAGUUGAUACACAUGAACCGCUCGUAGUUUUUGCUCUCAGCUGUGGAAUGUACUCUUCACCAGCGGUAAGAAUCUACACUGGUAAGAAUGUGAGGGAAGAGCUUCAGGAAGCACAGCGUGAUUUCAUUCGAGCUUCAGUCGGGAUUAGCAGCAAAGGGAGGUUGUUGGUCCCCAAAAUGCUACAUUGCUUUGCCAAAGCCUUUGUGGAUGAUGCAAAUCUGGCUGUAUGGAUAUUGCAUUACCUUCCGCCUUAUCAGGCUGCCUUUGUUGAACAAUGCAUUUUUCAGAGGAGGCAGAGCCUUCUUGGUUCACGCAACUGUGGCAUUAUUCCAUUUGAUUCACGCUUCCGUUACCUAUUCCUGCCGAACAAAGCUCCUCUUUGGUAAUGUAGCAGUACCAAGUUUGCACCGAGAUAGAACUGGAUUUCCUUGCCCUGGGAAAGCCAAUACGAGAAUAGUGUCAACUGUAAAUGACGCUGGAAGAAAAAUUACAUUGCAACUCUAUAUGAAGCUUAGCCUCCUCGAGAAGGAUGGUGGCAGUUUUUGUCUUCUGCCUUAUACCCCCAAGUGUGUUGUACAUUUUGUUCAUGGAUAAAAGGAGUUUACCUACAGUACUUGUAGGUGAAGAGUUGUACAUUUCCUUGGCCCAAAAGUUCAAAUAAGAACUACAUGUUUCCUUUGCUA